AUGGAAACAUUGUAAAUACCUCAAGCUAGAAGACCCACUUUGUUGCGCAGGAAUUUGGUCCUCGGUUCACCUAAGAACUAUAGUCUUUUUGACUAAUAUGUGACAAGGGGGAAGGUGCUCAAGAACUUUAACAUUGAUCCCGAGCAAUAUAAGUUAAUCACUGACCCUGAAGAGAAAAAAUAGUUUAUUCUGCAUCAAGCUGAGACUCAUUUGCAAGAGCAAGUUUAAUAGUUUAAUGAUCAUAUUAAAAAGAAGCAAAAGUGGAUUGAGAGUAUGAAAAUAUAAGAUUCUGAAGAGAAAAAUAGGUCUGACUAAUACCCAUGGCUUCACAUCAAGGCGCCUCACAAGGCAAAUUUAGAAUGGAGACUUAAAAACGAGUUAAUGCAAAAGCUUCAAGUUCCAUAAUCAAUGAUAUUGAAGACUACAAAGCACUCAAUGAAAAGUAGUCUUUCAGAGGCAGAUGUUAAGCUUUCAUUAAUUCGGCAAAAUAAGGAUUUACUGUCCAGUGGUGCUGCUCUUCAAGAAGCUAUUUCAUCAACAUUUAAAGAUUUCGUUAAUACAUUCGAAUAAAGUAUAAAAGAUAAUCCAAAUCAGAAAUCUCAUGCGAAAAUAUGCUCGUGUAACAGAUGCAGGUCGAAUUCAACUAUGUUCCCCAUAAAAAAUGCAAAGCACUCAGCUUUGAUAUCAGCUUAACCUAUAGCAAGAAAAUUGAAUACCAAGUUGGAGAGUAUGAUAGGAACUGACACAGUUAUAAGUGAAAAUAUUUUAGGUUCAUCUGAUCUUCAAGUGAAAGAAAGGCCAAUGACCUCAAAAGGUCAAGAUAAUAGAUUAUUUAAAGAUAGUAAUCUACUAACCUUAUAAGCUCCACCUAGAAACUCUCGGAAUUUAGAUGAGAACUAGGUUUUUGUUAAAAAAUGGAGUGAUUUUGAUGAGAUGUUCUACAGAAGCUACAGAUCUGAAAUGAGAGAAAGAUUAGCAAAUGAAUCUAGAACUGGUCCCUGGGAAUAGGUAAUGCUUGGCUUUUUAAGGAAAAUUGAUAAACCUUAAACUUAAUCAGCUAGUCCAAAAGUCAAUUCUAUUCCUGCUUUGAAUAACUGUAUUGAUAGAAAUUAUAUUUAAAAGAAGCUAAGUCUUUUAAGUUAGGAUCAAAUAGAUUAAAUAGAGACUGAUUUGGCAGAAAAGAUUAUCACUGAAUAUGAAGAUGAAAAGAAAGUAAUUAAGGGCUAAAGGUAUGAGUAUCUUAAAAACAAGGGAAAGAAUUUGAUUGAGAAGUAAAAGCAAGCGGAUCAAAAGAAACUAAAAGAGAGUAAUAUGCUUGAAGCCUAGAAAGAACAUAAAAUGAUUUCAAAAAGAAUGAGAAUCAUUUUAAAUGGGUUAGAUAAAAAACUAAUUGAUAUAAAGAAAAAACCAGCUACAAAAUUUGAUUUCCUUUAUAAGAAUAAGUAUCCUUAUAACAAUCCCUUGGGGUAAUAAGUAAAAAUGAAGAUUCCAUCAAAUUGGGACUCCUACAAGACUUUGAUGCUUUUUGAUAAUUUCAAAGAAAAGCCUAAUGAAAAACCAGUGCCAAUUGCUAAAAAGAUAAAAUAUUCUAAAGAAAAUCCCAUGGAAUAUUUUGCUUAAAAGUUCGCAGGUGGACCUCUAAAGUUCGAUAAUGACGAUGAAAAGAAAAAAGCUUCUAUUAAAGUGAUUAUGAAUGCUAUAAAAAUGUGGAAAAGCAAAAAAUCAGUCAAAGUUGCUUAGAAAAAAUUCUAAGAAAAGCUGCAGAAUAACUUUUCAAACUCGCUUAGUGUACCAAAUUUAUUAAGCUAACUCUCAGAAGCUACCAAGGGACUAGUUACUUAUUCUGAUUUAUAAAAAGCUAUUUUUAACAAUGAUGUUUAAUGGAUAAAAGUAUGUACACCUAAUAUAACAGAGGAUGUGAUAAACAAACUAAACUUAGAAAAUAAUACUUGCCUAUAUGAAGCAGUUAAGUUCAGAAUGCAUAACAUAGUCAAGGCAUUACUUGGAAUCCCAAACAUUAAUAUCAAUUAGAGAUGUGAAGCAAAUAAUACAGCUCUUCAUAUUGCAUUCUAAAAUAAAGACGUUGAAAUGAUUAAGUUGCUAGUUGAAAACAAGGCAAACGCAGAGCUUAUAAACAUGAAUAAGAAAAUACCAUGCCAGAUGGUUGAAAAAGUAUUUUUAAAGGAGAUUGGAUUUAACCCUGUUACAAACAAUUUUAAAUGA